GUGAAGACUUAGCCAGUCCAUAUGGCUGCAAAAGAAGUCAAGAGAGACAACUGGUUCUGUAAAUUGGGCUGUCAUGAAGUUUAUGCUGACUUAACUACAGAAAUGUCUUUACCUCUGGUGGUUUUUGUCAGCGCUGCUCUGCUUCACUCUGUGUCAGCUGGAGGAUCAUAUUGUGCUAAAACAGCAAAAGCUCGUGCAGCUGCCUUGGGUUUGAAGUAUCCUGGAGACCAUGGAGCUCCUGAUCUCUCUGGACCAGCUCCCAAUGUGCUGCACCCUAAAAUGCUACAUUACAGUGACCUAGCUGCAAGUGAACCUAACAUGGCAUCCUACCAACACAAUCAGCCAGAAGCCCUCUUUGAUGACUCUGUAUAUGAACAAGUUCACCCCAGGAGCUCUGACAGAGUCCCACUGAGCCAUGAGACUUACACACCAGAAUACACCACCAACCAAAUGCUCAUCUUUCCUAGAGGACGAUCGGUCAGUAACCCCGAGUCCAGCUCUAAAGUGGUCAAACAAAUUGCCCUCUCAACUCUGGCUGAAGCCCCUGGUCAGUCUGACCUGGUGAAUGUGAAUCCUCGAGGUCACAAGCCACUCUCGUAUAUCUACGACGAGCAUGACCUUGCAUUUGAUGAGUCUGCCCCAAAUAGACCUGGCAUGACUCCGAGUGAAUUCCUCAUACCAAGAAGCGGGGGUCGUGAGUAUCACAGUGGUCCCAUAAAUGCCCUGGGAAACAAAGUCGCUGCCCUUCAUUGGUAUCAUCACCUCAACAGAGGGAUGAGUGGAAUUCCUUUGUAUGGUAGCUGGAAAAUGAUUAAGCAUCCUGUCCACCUAGCUCAGAGUCUGUACAGAGGCUACCAUGUCCCACCAUUUGUUCAAGGUAAAGUUGCUAUUAAAUAUUUGAUGAAACCAAAAAUGGGUCAACCUUAUAUAACUUAGAAUCAAAAGGCCAAACAGCUGUCAGAUGUUGUGAUAUAGUUAACAGACAAUCAAUUCUGUGGCAUAGUUUAAGAAUGUAUUUGCAGCUCCUGGCUUAGCUGGAAAGUCAUGUCCAACUUGUAUGAGUCCCUGCUUUGUAGCUUCCUCACUAACUCUAAAAUAUGUCACAUCAUGUGUUCUAUUUUGAAUAUAAAAUUCAUACAUGUUUAAA